UCAGUAAAAGAUAGAGUUGUCGCAAGAAUUUUACACUUCUCAACAUUAAAUUUUAAAUUGAAGUAAAACAUUUAAGUUAUCGCAUCAUAUCUUAAUUUCUUUUUCUUCUUCCUCGCCUUUAAACUCAACUACUUGUGGUCGGCCACCCUUAAUCUAAACUUCCAUUUGACACAAUCUCCCAUCAUCUACGCUCACAUCAGCUGUCCUUAUAUCGCAUUCAAUAGCAUCUCUUUUUUGGUCUUCCUCUACCUCUUCCUUCAACAUUUAUUUCUAUAACUAUUCUUACAGCUUCCGAUUCUUCUCUCCUCAUAACAUGACCAAACCAACUAAGUCUAUUUUCUCUCAUCUUAUCUACGAAUGACACUACACCUAUACUCCCUCUUAUAUGAUUGUUCUUUAUGCUAUCUUCUCUAGUCACUCCACUCAUCCAUCUAAGUAUUCUCAUUUCUGCUACACUCAUUCUCUUCUCUACUUUCUUAUCAACCGCCCAAUACUCUGAACUAUACAUCGUAGCUGGCUUCACUACAGUCUUGUCGAAUUUACUUUUCAGCCUCAUUGGAAUUCUUUUAUUGUUUCUCUCCACUUCAACCACCCGCACUUAAUCCUGUGUCUUACAUCUUCGUCAAUACCACCUCCUUUUCCACAACUGAUCCUAAAUACUUAAAAUUUUCAACCACUCUAAUCACGUCCUCGCUUAUUGUCACUGAUGUCCUCAUUUCACCUACCUCGUGUUCUCCUUUGUUAAACUCGUACUCUAUUUAUCGUAUCUGUAUUUCUUCUACUUAUUCUUAAGCCCUUUUCUUCAGAGCUUAUCUUCACACCUCUAGCCUUUAUUUAAUUUCCUCCCUAUUUUCUCCUAUUAACACUACAUCGUCAGCAAACAACAUGAACCACGACACCUCUCCUUGUAUUUGUCUAGUAAUUUCAUUCAUCACUAUAGAGAAUAGGUAAAAGCUUAAAUCAGAACCUUGGUACGCUUCUACUCUUAUCCGAAGACCUUCUGUUACUUCUCCUACGCUUUUUACCCUGGUACAAGUGCCAUCGUAUAUAUUUUCUAUUAUACUAAUGUACCUUUUCGGGACUCCUUUUCUCAUUAAUACUUAUUCUAAAAUAAGUAUUAACUACAGCAAGAUCAUACGAUACUGCGAAAUACAAGAUUCUUUCUCCAACCUUAUUCUUCUUACUAAAAUCAUACCCUCCAUGUAUUCUUUUAUAUCCUCUUUUCUCAUUACCUACAUGUCCAUUUAUAUCUACCUAUCACCGUAUCCUCAUUGCCAGGUACCCCUUGCAUCACCUCAUCUAUCUUUCUCAAAAACAUUUCUUUGUCUAUUUCAUCACAUCCAACUUGUGUUGUAUAGACAUUUAUUACAUUCAGCACUUUAUCCUCGAAUAUCAGUUUUAUGACUAUAAUUCUGUCACUUUUCCUAGCUACUUUUACUACUUUACUUUUUAUCUUCUCGUCCAUUAUUAUUCCUACCCUAUUCUUUGUACUAGACUUACCUGAGUAUAAAACUCACCUAUUUCCCUCGAUUUCUCUCCUUUCCACUUGGUUUCCUGCACACAACAAAUGUUAACUUUUCUCCUCUUCAAUAUUUCUACUAAUUUUUUACUUCUACUAGUUAAUGUUCCAACAUUCCAAGUACUUAUUCUUACUUUGUAUCUAUCUUUCUCCCUUAUAUGCAAGUCCAGUCUAGGGUUAAGUGGUGAUAUCCCUACACUGUUGACACUACAAGCAUUGGGUAGACCUGUACAUAUGACUAGUGAAACAGCUAAUGCAAAAGUUGUCCGGCUGGUAUAAAACACUUUAUUCCUUAGGCUUUUUACGUUUUUAACUACUUUAUUCCGUCUCACCUGUUGUCCUCGCAUACAUCCGAGAUGGAACAAUUCGCCUAAGUUUUGUUCAGGACACCUCAUAUUAUUUGAUAAAAAUUUUACGCUGGCUGUCAACCUGACGCAACCUCAUUAGUCGCCUCUUACGACUGGCAGAGAGGCCGUGAAAGUAUUCUUAUUCCCUAUCCACAGGAACAACAUCAUGUCUCAAUUUAUAAACAAUAAAAAUAAUUGAGGAACUUUAUUUUAGUUGUUGAGGCCAUUUCAAGAGUCUAAAAGAGAGUCGCAAUAUUUUUUUACUGAUUCGACUAUAAAUGCAUUUUUAAAUAUGUUCAAAUCUCUCAAUAUAAAAUAUGUGGUAUGUAUAGGAGCUCCUACGAUACAUGAACAAAUUGUUUGUAAAGUUCCAGUUCUUAAAAGCAUUUUGUUGGAUAUAGAUCAUAGAUAUUUGCAGUUCUACCAGUGUAACGACUUUCGAUGGUUUAAUUUAUUUAAUUGUUACAUACUUGAAGAAUGUGAUACUAAAGAAUUUUUAGUGGAUUUAUUGAGUAAGGAAGAUUCUAUGGCUGUCCUAAUUGAUCCCCCAUUUGGCGGUAGGCUGGAACCAAUUGCCUAUACUAUGAAAAAAUUUGAUGACAUUAGAUUAAAACAUAAUAAAAACUUUUUGACAAAAUUUUUAAUACUACCAUAUUUCAUGGAGCGAUAUGUUAAGAGCUGUUUACCAGAAAUGAGUAUGUUAGAUUAUAAAGUUGACUAUAGUAAUCAUAAAAAAUUUAAUGAUACAGGAAGAAAUAAAGGAUCUCCAAUAAGACUGUUUACUAAUGCUAAUCAAAGUAAAAUACCUUUACCAUCUGAUGAAAAUUAUCAUUUUUGUGAAGAAUGCAAUCGCUGGGUUAGUGGGGAAAAUAAUCAUUGCUAUCAAUGUGGUGGUUGUAUGUCUAAAAAUGGACGAAAAUAUAUUCAUUGUAAUUUAUGUAAAAAAUGUGUUAAAUGCACUUGGAAACAUUGUAAAAAAUGUAGGAAGUGUUGCUUACCAGAUCAUAGAUGUAUUAAUGAUCAAAUAAAGAGAUCAUCAAAAAAUAAAAGACAAGGCCAAAAUAAGAAGUAUAAAUCCUCAAUAAAUUUGAAGUCAACAAUGAUAAAAAAAAUAUAUAUAUAAUGAAGAAAUAAAAAGAUUUUAGCAGUGACAUUUAAACUUUUAAGAAUAUUUAAAAUAUUAAUAUAUAUAUUUUUCUUUAUUUUUACAAAAAUAAUUAAUUCUAGAAAUUGAUAUUUUUUACUUUUAAUUGUGUAAUAGUCAAUUAUUUUUCUAAAAUGAUUGUAAACCUGAUAAUUAAUGAAAAUUUGUGGUGUGGUAAGAUAAUAUCGUACUCAAUUAUUAAAAGCAAAAAUCUAUAAAAAUAGAUUAAAAUUUAAAAUAACAACAAAAUUUUUUUGUAAAAUUUAAAAUUAAUGAUUUUACUAAAUUACAAUAUUCUUCAUACAUUUUUAUAAAUAAAUUUUAUUGACUUU